AUGGAAGGAAACCCUGGGGGUUCGGGGACAGGGGGAGGCCCCUCCGGCGAGCAGCCGCCGCCGCUUCGAUCGGCACGGCGGCGGAAGCCGAGCCGGUACGAGUCGCAGAAGAGGAGAGACUGGAGCACGUUCAUGCAGUUCCUCAGGGACCAGUCGCCGCCGGUUCCCCUCUCCCGUUGCAGCGGCACCAACGUCGUCGAGUUCCUCGAGUACAUGGACCAGUUCGGGAAGACGAAGGUCCACGCCCUCUCCUGCCCCUACUUCGGCCACCCCAACUCGCAGGCCUCCUGCGCUUGCCCUCUCCGGCAGGCUUGGGGAAGCCUUGACGCCCUAAUCGGCCGCCUUCGCGCCGCCUACGAAGAGAACGACGGCGCCGGUCAGUCAAACCCCUUCGCCGCCGGGACAGUCCGUGCUUACCUGCGAGGAGUCAAGGAAAGCCAGGCUAGAGCGAGGGGGAUCCCCUACAAGAAGAAGAGAAGGAAGAAGAUGCAGGCUCCGGCAGCCGCCGGCGGGGCGUCUGCGUCGUCUGCUCCGGCGCCGGCGCCGUGA